UAGACGUACCCAAAACCUACACAAGGUCAUAGUUUUGUCGGUGGAGAAUUAAAGAGUUAAAUAUUAAAGAAAUGGAUGAUGAUAGACUUUACAAAGCGGCAAUGGAACAAGGAAGUAUAUUUAAUAAGGCAAUAUAUUAUAUCUUCAAUAUAAUUGAAAAGCCAGCAAAGGUGUUUCGCGAAAAAAUCGUUGAACCUAUGCGAUCAGAGGAAAGGCCAAAAUAUUACCAUCGUCGCUACCAACGAGUACCUGAUGUUGGUGAGUGCCGGGUUGGAGAUCAAGUUUGCAUUCAUGAAGCUAAUGAGCAAUUCAAGCGCGAUCGUCAAGUGGAUGCUAAUAUCUUAAAUAUUCUACAUGAGCGUCAAUUAGAGUGUGAAUUUUAUUACGGCCCCUAUACGCCUGAUGCCAAUGAGAAGUGCAAACAUCUAAGGGAGCAAUGGGAAGUAGCUGCCGGAAAUUUCUUCACGAAGUAUGGAGAUUUAGGAAUGACUGGCUCCGUUGUUGAUGCUUUCAUGAAACAGAAACAUAGAAUGAUUUGGGAAAGAAGACAUGGACCCGUCGGUAGUGGUAUGAAACAGGCAGAGAAAGAAGGACAAUAG